AUUCAAUACAUGGAGCACUGGAGUGCUAUAGUACCAGUGACUUUUAUACUUACACCACAAUAAAAACAAGCAAUUAUCACCGUAUCCUUCUCCAAAUGAAGAGCUCAUAUCUCAUCAAUCUAACCCUCUGGAGCAUCAUCAAUAUCAUGCUCUUCCUCUCCAAGGUCACUUCACAAACUUUUUAUCCACCUGAUUUUCCCAUCGUAAGCCCUCAACUCAUGGAGGCUUACAUAGCUCUCCAAGCUUGGAAACAAGCUAUAACCUCUGACCCCAACCAAUUUACGGCCAACUGGCACGGGCCACAUGUAUGCAACUACACUGGUGUCUACUGUGCCCCAGCCCCAUAUGACCCUUUUAUCUUGACGGUUGCCGGCAUAGACCUAAACCACGCCAACAUAGCCGGUUUUUUGCCUGAAGAGCUUGGCCUCCUUAAGGACCUUGCUCUCUUUCACAUAAACUCCAAUCGUUUCUACGGUGUCAUCCCUGAUAGUUUUAUCCAUCUCAAAUUUCUUUUCGAGCUUGACAUCAGUAACAACCGCUUUAGUGGUCCGUUUCCGAGUGUUGUUUUCUUCUUGCAUUCGCUCAAAUAUCUUGAUGUAAGGUUCAACGAAUUCGAUGGAAAAAUCCCACCACAGCUUUUUGAGCUAAAAUUAGAUGCUCUUUUCAUAAAUAAUAACAGAUUUCACUCAACCCUGCCUGCUAACCUGGGAAACUCUCCAGUUUCAGUGUUUGUAGUAGCAAACAACGACAUCAGAGGCUGCAUUCCUCCAAGUUUGGCAAACAUGGCAGAGACCCUUGACGAGAUUGUUCUCUCUAAUAUGGCGUUAACAGGUUGUUUACAACAAGAUAUUGGGCUGCUAAGAGGCUUAACAGUUCUUGAUGUCAGCUUCAACAAUUUAGCUGGGCCUUUGCCAGAGUCAGUAGGAGCAAUGAGGAACCUGGAGCAGCUAAAUGUGGCACAUAACAAGUUUUCCGGGCAAGUUCCUAGCAGUGUAUGUUCCUUGCCUAAGUUGGAGAAUUUCACAUACUCGUUUAAUUACUUUUCUGGUGAGUCACUGGUGUGCCUCAGGUUGCCGGGGAAUGAUGAUAGGAGGAAUUGUAUUCCGAAUAGGCCUUUCCAGCGCACACCGGAGGAAUGUAGUAACUUUUAUGCACAUCCCAUUAGUUGUGGUUCCAUUCAGUGCCUCAUUAGCUAGCUAGCUAGCUAGAACUCCAGCACCAGCGUAUGUAACCACCGCUUCCUCCACCAGCAAAGCCACCACUGCCCUUGUAGGUGCACUAAUAUUACUAGUACUAUUGUAUUUGACAAAAUUACUACGACUGAUAUGAUUAAUGAUAAUGAAAACAGAGUGCGUGCUAUUAAUUUUA